CUGGCAUGCCAAGUCUUCUUCAACUUCUCGAUUUUCCGACUCUCGAUCUGCCACCGCAACUUCUCCGCAAUACAUUUGCCAUGCGACAAUGAACCAGAUUAUCCCCACUCACAAUCAUCACUGCAAUGUCGUCUGAUCCCAAUCCAGAUCCAGACAAAACCUCGAAUUCAGACGCCGCCGCAGACGAUGUGCAACUGUCCGCUGACCACAGGGACUCUCCGUCUACGCCUUCCGUCGUGAAGCAUCUCCGGAAGAUUCCUCCCAUUAGUCGGCCCGUGCCUGAAGACGACGAUGAUGGAGAUGCUGAGGACGAUGGAGACGAGGAGGAAGGCUGUGGAAGUGAUGAUUCGUUGAUGAAUGAGGUAUCGAAUCUCGGCCUCAAUCGCAUUAGGACUCGCUCUGCUCCCUCGCCGUUCAUCAUUUCUAAAUCAAUUCGCAUGCCUUUUGAUCAUGGCGAUAGAAAUGGGAGAAGAAGGGUAGCUCAUUCGCUUUCUAGGUUUUCUACCAAUGCCGAUCAAUCUGCUGACCAUUUCCCGGAAGGAGGCAAAAAGGUCCACUGGACUCAGACUAAAUCUUUGAAAGUGUGGUCACCUCGGCACUCAAGUUUAGAGGGUCACCAUGCAGCUUUUGCCAAGGAAAUGCAAUCUCCACGGUUUCAAGCUAUACUACGUGUCACAAGUGGUCGCAGAAAGAGGGUGCCAGAUAUCAAGAGCUUCUCUCAUGAACUUGAUUCCAAAGGAGUCCGACCUCUCCCAUUUUGGAAAUCUCGUGCUUUUGGGCGAAUGGAGGAGAUUAUGGUGAUGAUUCGGUCAAAAUUUGAUAAAUUAAAGGAAGAGGUUAACUCUGAUUUGGGCGUCUUUGCUGGCGAUCUAGUCGGAAUGCUUGAAAAGGAAUCAGAACCCAAUGCUCAUUGGAAGGAGAGUCUGGAAGAUUUGUUGGUAGUAGCCAGACAAUGUGCAAAGAUGUCACCUAGUGACUUCUGGUUGAGUUGCGAAGGCAUUGUUCAGAAUCUAGAUGACCGAAGGCAAGAGCUGCCAAUGGGUACUAUAAAGCAAGCUCACACCCGCCUCUUAUUCAUACUCGCUCGUUGUACUCGGCUUGUACAGUUUCAAAAAGAGAGUGGUUGUGAAGAACACAUUCUAUCUUUCCACAAACUUAGCGACGUCGGAGUGUAUCCAGAACAAAUGCUUGGGCCUUCUAAGGAAUUCAACGGGAGAAGAAACAAAAAAUCACAGGGAAUGGACCAUAGCAGUCUAACUGCCAAGGAAGAUCAAACAGACGAGAACUUUUGUGGAGAGACAACAGAGGUUAGCACUGCUAAGAGUACCACUUCAUCUACAGGAAGCGUUAGGAUGUCCUCUUGGAAGAAGCUUCCUUCUGCAGCUGAAAGAAACCAGAAAGUUAAAAACUCUGAUGAUGUCCCACACAUGGAUAAAUCUGACUCUCUGCUACAUAAUAUAUCUUACGAGGACUCAUUUAUCUGCCGCAUAUGUGAAGUUGAAAUACCAAUUAUUUAUGUAGAACAACAUUCAAGAAUAUGUACUCUAGCUGAUAGGUGCGACUUAAAAGGUUUGACUGUGAAUGAACGACUUGAAAGAGUUUCAGAAAUUCUUGAAAAGGUACUUGAAUCAUGGUCACCAAAAAGCAUUGACAAUGGGAUGGUGAAUCCUGAGGUAGCAAGAGUCUCUUCUUUAAGCGUUGCUGAAGAGUUAGGCAUCUUUUCUACAAAACAGAAUGGGUUACCUUGUCGAUGCUCUCGAGAAAUACUAGACUGUGCUCUUGAGUCCGAUACAACUUCUGAGUUUGAUAGUCUUAACAAUUUUUCUGACAUGUCAAAGAAGGCCUCAUCAGCUAGGAGCAUGACACCAAGGUCACCAUUGAUGACUCCUCGGAGAAGCCAGAUUGAUUUGCUGUUGAGUGGGCGCAGAACCAUAUCUGAACAUGAAAGUUAUCAGCAGAUAAGUAAGCUACUGGAUGUUUCUCGAUCAGUUGCCAAUGUGAACAGCAACGAUUAUAGUACAUUAGAAUAUUUGCUUGACCGUCUAGAAGACCUCAAGUAUGCCAUUCAAGAUAGGAAGGUUGAUGCUCUUGUUGUUGAGACAUUUGGGAGACGUAUAGAAAAACUAUUGCAAGAAAAAUAUGUCCUACUCUGUGGACAGAUUGAUGAUGAGAAAGUGGUUGCUCCAAAUAGCACUGCUGAUGAGGAAAGUUCAGCAGACGAGGAUACUAUACGGAGUUUACGUGCAAGGGUGCUUUUGGGCGAGUUUUCUUGGCAAUGAAAAGAGCAACUGGUGAUUUGUUUGCAAUAAAGGUGUUGAAAAAAGCUGAUAUGAUACG